AGCUGUGCAGCUAGGUAAACAAACAGGAGAGCAGAGGAAACGAGCGGCGGCAGUCACUUCGCUGACUCUGCGCUCCCUCGGGGGAAGUUUUGUAUCGUUUUUAAUACUUUUUGUAAGAAGAAACAUCAAUACCGCGUUUUCUGGCAACUUUUAAUACUUUGAUACAAUCGUUUUAACGCUUUUCUUACAAAAAUAACCUGGCACGGAUUGACUGUAGCUUGCUAGCCGUGAAAUACUGGAUUUCCCCCCACUGCUUUCGACAAAGGCUGCUGUUGAGCCAGCGAAGAGACUAAACGAGAAUAUAUAUAUAUAUGUAUAUAUUCUUUUUUUUAAAAGUAUAAUUCAGUUCAGCAACAAUUGAUGCACUGUCUUCCCUUUUUGCAAAAGCUUCCCGUCGUCGCUGCCCUUUGCAGAGCUGACGUUAAGCCCUGAAGGGAGCAAAUAAGCUAACGUUCACCGCGGUGGUUAGCCUCAGGAAAGAAUGACGGCCAUUCAGCUGAUUAAUAUCCAACGGUUACUCGAAGCAGCGGAAUAUAUUGAGAGGAGAGACAGAGAGUGCGAACAUGGAUACGCUUCCACGUUUCCUUCAAAUCAGGACACAAACUACCAGAGGCAAAGGAAAUUCCGCAAUAAGAAGUUCAGCAGUAACCACAACAGGUCCACACAUAAUGAACUAGAGAAGAAUAGACGAGCUCACCUGCGGCUGUGUCUGGAGCGGUUGAAGAGCCUCAUACCUCUGGGACCUGACUGCAAUCGCCACACCACUCUGGGCCUGCUCAACAAAGCCAAAGCACACAUAAAGAAACUUGAAGAGGUGGACAGGAAGAGCCAGUACCAGCUGGAGUCUCUGGAGCGUGAGCAGAGGCACCUCCAGCGGCAGCUGGAGCUGCUGGGGGGAGGCAGCGGCGCCGCAGCCCAGAGCAGCCCAGGAGAGGGGGAGAGGAUACGCAUGGACAGUGUGGGCUCUGCCCUCUGUUCUGACCGAUCUGACUCUGACCAAGAGGAGAUCGAGGUGGACGUGGAAAGCACGGAGUUCUCCCAUGGAGAGCUGGACAGUGUGAGCACGGCCAGCACCAGCGACCUGGACGACCACAGCAGCCUGCAGAGCAUGGCCAGUGACGAGGGCUACUCCUCCUGCAGUGUCAAACUUGCCUUCUCCUCCUAGAGCCUCACAUCGUUCCUGACCAACCCGCCCGCCCGUCUGUUUAUCCACCCAGCCACGCCUCUACACACACACACACACACGCACACACACGCCCACCUCAGACGAUGACCGAGGCCACGGAGCCUCUGCCUCCCCCACCUCCACCUCCUCUGUCCUCAGCCUUUAAAUUACCACUCCUGACACCGGGGACCCAAACACAGUGAUGUGAGAUUGACAAUUUGAUGUUCUUCUCCUCUUUUUAAAGGGAGAUGGUUGAUAUGAAAAAAAAAAAAAUUUGACAUCAUUGUACAUUUUUAAUCCUGUAAUUUAAAACGAAUGACUGAUUCUACGCGCGCAAAUCAUCCAAUGUCUGUUUUUUUUUUUAAUAUUCACAAUCCCCAAUUUGAUCCAAAAAUGCACUUAAAUUCAUAUAAAUUUAAAAACAAAAAAAAACUAUCUCCCCUGUGGGUUCAUGCGUGAGGAUGAUCCUGUGAAUCCCAUUCCGAUGUGGUGACGAUGGGCCUGGAUGAUCGGGAACGGUCUCCGAUGUGGACUUGAAUUGAACACUGUGGGUGAACUUUUGUCAUAUCAACACAGCUCGGUUCCUGACAACACGUCCUUCCAGCCUUGAAUUUAAUCCUCGUCUUAAUGUCUUUUUUUUUUUUUUCUUUUUUUUCAACACCGCGGGCGCUCGGACACUUGAAUUGGUGCUAUUGUGAAACAAACCAGUGUGGAAGCCGAUGAGAAACACCACUACUAAGCUUCUAAAGCAAACAAACAAAGUGUGUCUGGCGUGAUUGUUUCCAAUCAAGCGUGGAGGAAAACAACCACAAAAGAAUUGGGACGGAGGGGGGGGGAACAUUCCUGUCGAAUGUGGGUGCUCAUUGCAUUUUGAAAAAGUGGAAAUUGUAACUGUGUGUGUGUGUGUACGUGUGUACGUGUGUGUGUGCGCGUGUGUGUCUUUUGUUUUGGUUUCUUUACCCUCGACAAGCAGCUACAACAAGCAAUCCUGCACUUGCCUACUUUAGAGCUGUCCAUAGAAACGGCACAAACCAAGUCCUUCAAAAAAAAAACAGCAACAAGGAGAAAUAAGUCCAAACUACAACAGCAGACCAUGGAAUAGAUGCCCAUCCUCUUUCCAGCAGUAACAAGCAAUAACUCCGGUAGUUGUUUUAGUUGCAUUUUAUUUUAUUUUCUCCCGACACACUCACAUGUGACCGUCCAAAAAACUUUCCUUCUUUUUUUUUUUGUAUAUACAAAUAGAUUAUUAAAUUAAAUUUUAGAAAAAGAGUUUUUUAACAAACAAAAAAAGAGUAGAGCUCUGUUGCUGUUUAACCUGUGUUUAUUGUGCUUUAAAAAAAAAAAAUGGAUAUUUUGAGAAGAUUUCGUCCUCUGUAAAGUCGCAUGGACACUGUUUCAUUUUUUUUUUUCGCUCAAUUUUAUUGAUGGAUUAGGUUUUUUGAAAGUCACUCGUUUCGUAGCAGGAGUAAGAGAAAAGUCGCUCGUCAACAUGAUGAAAAACUUGUGAAGAAAACGGAGAACACUGAGAUUGUGUGGCAUUGUGUAGAUCAUGUUAAUUUAUUAGACUUUUUUUUAUAAUGCUCACAAAUAGGGUAUAAAUUGCUGCCUCUGGCAUUCCACUGGCGGUCGGGUGAUCUGUGAGCAUGCACGUGUGUGUGUGUGUGUGUGUCUGUGUGUGUGUGUGUCUGUGUGUGUGUGUGUGUGUGUCUGUGUGUUCUGAAGUGUGGGCAGAAGAAAACGGGUUAUAUGAUGUCACUGUUCGCCAUCCCAGCUCCACUGGUAUUAAGGAUUGCACUUCAACCACAGUUCUCUUUAUUAUUAUUUUUUCUCUUGAAACCUUUUUUUGUUUGGAAGCAAAAACAAACGACAAUAUUUAUUUUACAAUCCCCUGAAGAACACAAACAAUGGGGGGAAGUUAACUUAUUUUGGUUUUUGUCUUAUUUUACUCCUCCUAUUGCUGAUAAUUCCUCAUUCCUUAUUUUAAGAAUUGUAUAUUUUAUGGCUUAUUGUUAUUAUUUUUGAUCCUUUUGUUGG